AUGGAUCAUGUACAACGAGAUUUUAUGAUAGCCAAGCAAUUGCAAGAGCAAUUCGAUAAGGAACUGGUAGAAAUAAGCUCAGAAGAUGAGGAUGUUUCAGGCAGCGUGCAUACUAUAGAUAUUAAACAGAAACAUCAAAAGAUUAAGGAGCUGCAUGCAGAUCAUGCCACUGAAACUAUACAACUGUGGUCUGACAGCGAUGAUGAGGUUAUGUUACAAACCGUUGAUAGGAAACAAACAAUCUCGACAACUAACAAUGACAAUAACAUCCAACUGAUUACAGGACAAACCACAUCCCAAUCGAAGGUAAUUGAAAAAACGGUAACUCAUCUUAAAGCCAAAGAGUACUUCAUUGAGGAUCUGCAAAUGUAUGUUAACCCUGAAUAUAAUUUUGAUUGGAAGUUUAUCGAUAUUUUGCCACACAUUGGGUCCAUUUUCGUCAAGUUCGAUACAAUAUUUUUUCAGUCGCGUUUGCAGAAGGCAAACAUUAACAUUAGCUGGUCCGAUUGUAUGGGCCGCACUUGCACGAACCGGAAUUUCAAUGGCAGUGAUAGGAAAUAUUAUAUUGUUUUAAAUGGUCCACUGCUUUCGCUACGUCCUAGGAUUGAAAUUAUUAGUAUUAUACUUCACGAAAUGAUACACGCCCUUCUCAAAAUUGAAGGCGUCAACGAAGCAAAUGGUGGACAUGGUAAAAAUUUUCACAAAAUAAUGACAUUCCUCAACCGUAUGAUACAAACAAAUAUAUCGUUCAAUCACGAGCAGAAUAAUGUAGACCAGACUUGCCGAGGUCAAUGGUAUCGGUGUAGUGGAAUCUGCCACAAUUAUGAUCCAUUUCAUGGGAUCGUACGAUCGGUGGCAGGUCCUCCAGGAUUGCACAAUGAAUGGUGGAAAGAACACGCCGAUAUUUGUGGAGGUACAUUUUACAAAAUUUUCGAAAUGAGCAAAAUGGUACAAAACGAUAUAUCUGUGCGAUAUGCUGUUAAUGUGAAGUACAUGGUUCCUAAACAAGAGAACAUUUCUCGUCGAUACUAUACCAAAUUGCCUCCGACAGAAUCAAUAGACCUUACCUCUAAUGUGCCAAAAGUGAGCUCUAUUGCUGAUGCCGGAAUAAUUGUCGUUGAUACGUAUGAAUUGGACGAUAACGAAACACAUAAAACGGUAGUUGCAAAUAAGUUUAUAGAAAAUUUUAUCCGUACCAUUCCAUUCACGCGUGAUGCAUACGAAAUGCAAUGUCCAAUUUGUCAGACUCGAAUCAAGCGAAACCUGUUCACGAACCACAUCGAUGGAUGUAAAGGUUUUAUUCAACAUGUUGCCUGGAAAAAAUCAUCAGGCGGAAACAUUGUGCAGAAUGGCUUACUCGAGCUAAAUUCAACAUCAAGAAUGCAAUCCUCUAGCAGCGUUAGUAGAUCACCAAUUCCUUUUUACCCGAGCUAUCAACAAACCAGACGGCAGCGAUUUGGUUAA